AUAAAGAGACAGCCACUCAAAAUGGACGUCAAGGACCUCCAGAUCCAAAACUCCACGUUCGAAAGCAACACAUCAGACAUUCAGCCUGUCCCACACAACCUAUGGGAGGUCAUCACCAUAGCAACCGUAUCAGCCAUCGUCAGCCUGAUAACAGUUGUCGGCAAUGUUCUGGUGAUGCUGUCGUUCAAGGUCAACAGUCAACUAAAGACAGUCAACAACUACUACCUUCUCAGUUUAGCCUUCGCUGACCUCAUAAUAGGAGUCCUGUCCAUGAACUUAUACACCUCAUACAUCCUAAUGGGCUAUUGGUCCUUAGGGAACCUAGCCUGUGACCUCUGGUUAGCCAUGGAUUACGUGGCCAGUAAUGCCUCCGUUAUGAACUUGUUAGUCAUCAGUUUCGACAGGUACUUCUCCAUCACAAGACCGUUGACCUAUAGGGCCAAGAGGACGCCGAAGAGGGCUGCGAUUAUGAUUGGUCUAGCGUGGCUAGUGUCGUUUGUCCUCUGGGCACCGCCUAUCCUGUGCUGGCAGUACUUUGUCGGAAGUCGGACGGUCCCGGCAGACCAGUGCCAGAUCCAGUUCUUCUCCGAGCCGGUGAUCACAUUCGGCACCGCCAUCGCUGCGUUCUACAUCCCUGUCUCCAUCAUGACCUUCCUCUACUGUAAGAUCUACAAGGAGACAGAGAAACGCACCAAGGACCUGGCUGAGCUGCAGGGCCUCACCACAUCUGGUCACCCAGAGACUGUUAAUAAACCCCAGAAAACAGUUCUGUUACGGUCCUGUUUCAGCUCCAGCAACGACAGGAGGGACAGAAGGAACCAGGCCUCGUGGUCCUCGUCCAAUCAGAGUAACGUCACCAAGACCACGACCCGGUCGGACGAGUUGGCCUGGGCCCGGGCCGACCAGGUCAUAUCCUUCAACAGCUACACCUCAUCUGACGAGGAGACUCAUCAUCCUAUUUCCGCUGCAACUUCCCAGGGGUCGUCCAAAGGUCAAGGUCAGACUGAAAACGGACAGGCGCCCGCUGGUUAUGGUGAUGAUGAAGAAAGCGAGUACUUUCCGACCGCCACCCCACCUCCGAAAACCUCCAGCAAGAAGGGAAUCUCCUACAAAUUCAAACCGGUCUCGAAGGAUACUAGCAGCCCUCAGAAUGACAAGAAACCCAACACAGACCCUAAAACAGCCCCUCCGUGUCUCUCUGAGUCUGACCAGACAGGAGGACAGAACCACCACCAGAAGUCCUCUCCAUCAUCCUCCACCACCACCACAACCACCACCAAGCCCUUGGACCCCGUCCUGAAGAGCCAGAUCACCAAGAGGAAGAGGAUGGUCCUCAUCAAGGAGAAGAAGGCUGCCCAGACCCUCAGUGCCAUCCUCCUGGCCUUCAUCCUAACAUGGACGCCGUACAACAUCAUGGUGCUCAUCUCCACUUUUUGUUCUGACUGUAUCCCUGUGUCUCUCUGGCACCUGGGCUACUGGCUCUGUUAUGUCAACAGCACCAUUAACCCCAUGUGCUAUGCGUUGUGUAAUAAGACUUUUCAGAAGACCUUUAAGAUGCUGUUGAUGUGUCAGUGGAGGAAGAAGAGAGGGGAGGAUAAACUGUACUGGUGUGGACAGAACCCGGCCAUCAACAGCAAGAUGACAUGAUGUGGUGCGGAAUAGAGAAUAUAUAUAUUUGGGCAUUCAGCAGCAGACCCCUUUUUUUAUAUCCAAACCACUCUCUGUACAGUAAGCAGAUAUGUUCAGCAUAUAUGGCCCAUAUGGGUAUUAAACCCACACCUGGUGUUGCUAGUGCCAAGCACUAAUCAACGGAGCACAAUUGCCCCCAACGUUAUGAACUGUAAAACUGGCAUAGUGUUUGAGCAGUGUCUGGUGAAUGCAUCUGUGCUUUUAUCAAAUUAUAAAAAGUUUCACAUGAAAUG